CAACUUCCUGCUAGAGCUUUGGAAUGUUGGUCACAGCUCAGAGAUUUCGUCGCAUUUUAACGACAACAUACUGUUGUACAAGACGCGCGUGGUGAUUGUAAGCGAGUUCAACGGCUGUGUAUUAUUUGGGCUACACUGAACCAGCACAGUCCCAUCGGUGAUUGGAUGGAUGUCCAACUAGGAUGCCAAUAUACAGUAUGGGGCAGAGAUGCUGAUCAUGUUUUACAAGGCAAGGAAGCCAUAGAAGAUCAAAAAGAUCACUGAGGAUGGACAACAGGGACACUGGCAGUCUGAAAGACAAUAAAAAGAUGGAUGCCAACACACUAUGGCGGUGGCGCAUUAAGCAUGUAAAGAAGUACUCAAGACAUCCAGAACCAUUCCAUUACAGCAAUAAAAUGGGACUAGAUUUUAAUGUUGGAUCCAACACACAGAAAAAAUUGGAUUUACAUUCACUGACAAACAGUGUCAUACUGGAGGUCUGUGACUUUGCUGAAACAGUAAAGAGGAAUAAAUGGCAUUUUAUCACAAAUAUUCUGGAGAACAAUUUUGAUCUUGGAUUGAAAAGUGAGCAACAGCGGAUUGAAUUUACUUCUCAACUUCUGCACAAAGUCAGACACCUGAUACGAAAACCUCCUGAAGAUAAAGAUGAAGGUUUCACUCUCUUUGACACAUCAUCUGGGCCAGAAUUUACCAGCAACAGCAAAAGUAGACUGAAUAUGGCAUCUACAGAAUAUAAGACUGACUGUUUCCUGGUGGAGAUGGAUGACAUGGAUGAAAGUGAACAUGAAGAUAAAUUGAAGUGUUCACGAGCACCAUCUAAAGACUAUAUGAAGAUGGAAGAGAUGGAUGGACCACGUGCUGAUGACAGUGAUGAUGUUGAUGAAUUAGAGUGUUCAGAGCCUCAGUCAACAGAAGAACUGAAAGAGGAUGUUAUUCCUCUCUCAUUCCCUUGUUGUACAGUAAUUGGUCUGAACCUUGAUGUUGAGUCAAAACAAAGUCUAGAUCCAGGUUUACUGACAAAGGGCAUGAUGUUAGAACUAGUACAGUUCACAAGAACACUGACUGCAUCCGACAGAUCUAUUGUUCUCAGUGUGUUGGAGCAUAAUUUUGAACUUGAUCUUAAAUGUCAACAGGAAAAAAAUCAAGUUUGGUUCACAAUAUUACAACUUCAGAAAAGGAAGAAGCAACUUCUUACCACUGGUACCAAAAUCAGUCCUGAGUUUAAAAGUGAGCCAUUUUCCUUUCAGACAAAUCCUUUUGAAAAAGUAUCACCUCUGUCCAGUGUGAGAGCCUCACUAUAUCAAUUGAAAGAAGUGAGCAAAAGAAGGCAGUCUGAUUUAAAAAGUAAACAGGAAAAAAGAGCUCUUUCAACAACUAGAGAACAUGUCACCAAACGACGCAGGACAGAACAGGCUGAACAGGAAGAGACAAACACAAUAUCUCAUCACACUGAUAUCAGUAAAACAUCAGAGGAUGACCACAGCUACAUGUGUCCUUUAGACUCAGACGAAGUCACAGAUUCAGAAAAUGAUGAAAAUGGAGAUGACUUACAAAACCCAACAAGUUCUGACAUCCAUAAUGAAUUGGAGUCAAGCUGCGUGGGUAAAUGUGAACCCUGCCUGAUCACCACUGAUGGGUCCUCCAGUUUACCAAAUUUAAAAUCAAAUGUAAACCCAACAUUUGCAAAUCAGCCUGAUGAAAGAGGACAGUGUGGAGACGAAGAGAAGACAGAGAUUCCAAGAAUUGUGCUAUACAAAUGUGACAUGGACGAAAAGGAAAUGGAAACAGAGAGCAAUAUGUGGAAGCUGCGUGUAAAUCGUGUAAAACAAAUCCUCUCCUUGAUAGAUAAAGCAUUCACAAAGUCCAAGACAUUUGGCCUGGAAUUCAAUGUUGGAUUUGGCCCAAAACAAAACUUCAAUGUUGACUCUUUGACUACUUUUGUUUUGCUCGAAAUUGCAAAAUUUGCCUUAGCAAUGAAUUCAUCCCAGCAGGAUUUCAUCAUGGAGAUUCUUGAGUACAACUUUGACUUUGGCCUGUGGAGCGAACACCAUAGGAAAACCUUUGCAUGUGAAGUUAUGAAUAGAGUAAGACAGCUUAGAAAAAGUGAAGAUUCAGUCAAACUUUCAAAAGAAUAUUUUGAACUUCCGGAUCCCAUGUCAUCAGUCAACAUGACCAGGCAGAGCAUGGGCAGCGUCAACCCUGAAGUCAGCAGCAUAUCGAGAACAACAGAGUGUGAUGCUGCUCCCAUGUGUCCUCCUGAUUCUCACACUGAAACUAAAGAACACAGGAUGGAUCUUUAUCCUUUCUGCAAGGACAUUGGUCUGAAGCUAAAUAUAAUCUCCAGUCAGCCAAAUAAAAAACUUGAGAUGAACAAAUUGACCAAUGGGGCAAUGACUGAAGUGACAAACUUUGCAGAAAAGUUGUGUGGAACAUUUGAUCAGAUUUGUCUUGACAUCCUCAGACACAACUUUGAUCUUGAUUCGCAAAAUGGAGACUCUGACCUUGCUAAAACUAUACUCACUCGAAUUCCUGUUAUAAUGGAGCACAAAAAUCUAUCAAAUCUAACAGGCUUCAAGAAGAUUAAACACACGAUGAAAGAUUUCUCAACAAUGGUGAUGGAUUACCAGAAUUACCCAACUUUAGAUACAUGUAGUAUCGGCUCUUCCCAGGCUACAAUCAUAGACCAAAAUGUGGGGAGUUCCACUGACAAUAACCAAGAAAAUGAGCUCAAUUUAGGACUGUGGAAAUUGCGGACUAAUCAAACUCAACAGAUCCUCUCAGUGCCUCAUGUUGAACAUUGCCCAUUUUAUUCUUAUUCCAGAUGCAAAAAAUUAGGCAUUGAUUUCAAUGUGGGAUCUGGAGUAAAACAAAAUCUUGAUCCAAAAUUUCUGACCAAUGGCAUCAUGGUUGAAGUUAACACCCUUGCUACAGCACUGCAAUCAGCCCAAAAGGAUUUCAUCACAGAGAUACUGGAGUACAAUUUUUGUUUGAAUUUGAACAAUGAGCUUUGUCGCAGUGUCUUUGCACAGCAAGUUGUCGAAAAAAUUAAUAGUCUGUAUUUAAAAUCUAGCAAACCCAGAUUCCUGAAAAUGCCUUUUGAACUUCCUGACUCAAGAAGUAUAGAAGAAUCUCGCUAUCCGAAAACUAAAUAUUGCCCUAAAUGUUAUCAAGACAGAAAUUCUAAGCUUUGUCAGAAUGAAUCUAAACCUGACCAUCAGCUUCAUCCUCGUCCAGAUGCCAUGACUGACACAGUCUCUGCAGAAGCAAACUGCACAGUACAAAAGCCUACAAAGGAUCUGUCAUCUGCUUUCCAACAAGUAGAGGAGACAAUAAUGGACAGUUACCCACUCUGCAAGAAAAUAGGUUUAAGCCUAUGUGUGGACACAGACAAACCAAAAGUUAAACUAGACAUUUGUGCAUUGACACGGGGGGUUAUGAAGGAAAUAACUAGUUUUGCCAAAAGAUUGUGUGGAACAAAACAUAAACUAAUUAAUGAUGUUCUUGAACACAACUUUAACUUUGGCAAGCUUAGCCAAGAUUUAAAUCCUGCGCUGCUUUUCCACAGAAUGGUAGCACUUCAUAACAAAGGGCCCACAUGGUUCAGUGAUGUUUUUGUUGUUUAUCCAUGGCCACACCGAGAUCCUAGAGAUGUGAGUAAACAGACAGAGGCAUCUGCUGCGCAGAAAAAUGAAAGGAAGGAAACAACAAAAAAAAGAAAGCUGGCACUGCAAACAAGGAAGGAAGAAGCCAAGAUGCUGAGUGAAUCUAUGGUUGCCACAAAGGCAAAGAAAGAUAAGAAAAAUACUGGAGACUGCUAUCCCAUUUGCACAGAGAUUGGUCUGGGCUUAGAGUUAGAAAACCCAACAAGUUCUGACAUCCAUACUGAAUCAGAAUCAAGUUAUCUAGGUGUACGUGGGCCCUUCCUCAUCACUACUGAUUGUUCAUCCAGUUUACCAAUUGUAAACUCAAAUGUAAACCCAACAUUUGCAAGUCAGCCUGAUGAAAGAGGACUGUGUGGAGAUGAAAAGAAAACAGAGAUUCCAAGAAAUGUGCCAUACAAAUGUGAUAUGAAAGAAGAGGAAAUGGAAGUGGAGAGCAACAUGUGGAAGUUGCGUGCGAACCGUGUCAAACAAAUCCUUUUCUCACUUGACAAAGAGUACUGUGCAUUCACCAGAUCUAAAACAUUUGGCCUUGAAUUCAAUGUUGGAUUUGUCCAAAAGAAAAACUUCAGUGUUGACUCUUUGAAUAAUUCUGUUCUGCUUGAAAUUGCAAAAUUUUCCAUAGCAAUGAAUUCAUCCCAACAGGAUUUCAUCAUGGAGAUUCUUGAGUACAACUUUGACUUUGGCCUGUGGAGCGAACACCAUAGGAAAACCUUUGCAUGUGAGGUUAUGAAUAGAGUAAGACAGCUUAAAAGUAGUGAUGAUGCAGUAAAACUUUCAAAAGAGGUUUUUGAACUUCCUGAUCCUAUGUCAUCAGUCAACAUGGCCAGUCAGAACAUGGGCAGCGUCAACCCUGAAGUCAGGUGCAUAUCAAGAACAACAGAGUGUGAUAUUGCUCCUUCGUGUCCUCCUGAUUUACAAGCUGAAACUAAAGAACACAGGGUGGCCCUUUAUCCCUUCUGCAAGGACAUUGGUCUGAAGCUAAAUGUUAUCGGCAGUCAACCAAAUAAAAAACUUGAGAUCAACAAAUUGACCAAUGGGGCAAUGACUGAGGUGACAAACUUUGCAGAAAAGUUGUGUGGAACAUUUGAUCAGAUUUGUCUUGAUAUCCUCAGACACAACUUUGAUCUUGAUUGGCAAAAUGGAGACUCUGACCUUGCUAAAACUAUUCUUGCCAGAAUUCCUGUUAUAAUGGAACAAAAACAUCUAUCAAAUCUAACAGGAGCCAAGAAAAUAAAGCACACAGUAAAAGAUUUCUCAGUGAUGGUGAUGGAUUGCCAGAACAACCCAACUUUAGAUGCAUGUAGCACUGGCUCUUCCCAGGCUCCAAUCAUAGACCAAAAUGUAGGGAGUUCCACUGACAAUGAACAAGAAAAUGAGCUCAAUUUAGGACUGUGGAAAUUGCGGACUAAUCAAAUUCAGCAGAUCCUCUCAGUGCCUCAUGGAGAACAUUGCCUAUUUUAUUAUUAUUCCAGAUGCAAGAAAUUGGGCAUUGAUUUCAAUGUGGGAUCUGGAGUAAAACAAAACCUUGAUCCAAAAUUACUGACCAAUGGCAUCAUGGUUGAGAUUAACACUUUUUCUACAGCAAUGCAAUCAGCCCAGAAGGAUUUCAUCACAGAGAUAUUGGAGUACAAUUUUCAUCUAUAUUUGAAAAAUGAGGUCUGUCGCAAUGUCUUUGCACAGCAAGUUCUGGAGAAAAUAAGAGCAUCUGCUUUAAAAUUUAACAAAUCCAGUAUCAUGAAAAUGCCCUUUGAGCUCCCUGACUCAAAAUGCAUAGAAGAAGUUACCUAUCAGAAAACUAAAUAUUGCCCCAAAUGUUAUCAAGACAGAAAUUCUAAGCUUCAUCAGGAUGAAUCUGACCCUGACCACGUGUUUCAUCCUCGUCCACAUGUCAUGACUGACACAGUCUCUACUGAAGCAAACUGCACAGCACAAAAGCCUACAAAGGAUCUGUUUUCUACUUUCCAAAAAGCAGAGGAGACAAUAAUGGACAGUUACCCACUCUGCAAGAAAGUAGGUUUAAGCCUGUAUGUGGACCAAGACAAACCAAAAGACAAACUCGACCCCCGUGUAUUGACACGUGGUAUGAUGAAGGAAGUGGCUCAUUUUUCCAAAAGAUUGUGUGGAACAAAAAAUAAGCUCAUUAAUGAUGUUCUUGAACACAACUUUAACAUUGGCAUGCAGAGCCAAGAUAUAAAUCCUGCAGUACUGUUCCACAAAAUUGUACUACAUAAUAAAGGGCCCACAUGGUUUAGUGAAGUUUUUGUUAUUCAGCCAUGUCCUCACAGAGAUACUAGAGAUGUGAGAAAAGUGAAAGAGGCACCUUCGAUGCAGAAAAAUGAAAGGAAGGAAACGACCAAAAAAAGAAAGCUGGCAUUGCAAACAAAGAAGGAAGAAGCCACACUGUCGAGUGAACAUAUGGGAGCCGUAAAAUCAAAGAAAAAUACCCAGUGUAAUGGAGACCGCUUUCCAGUGUGCUCAGAGAUAGGUCUGAACCUAGAUGUGUCAUCAAAAUCAGGAGACAAAGAAAAACUGGACUUAAAGCUUUUGACUAGAGCUGCAGUGAUGGAGAUCUAUCGGUAUCUAGGUAAGAAAGUAGGACACUAUUUCCCAGACUCUCUGUAUGACAUCCUUGACUAUAACUUUGAUAUAAGCUCACAGAAUUACAGGCGGUGGGAAUUUUCCAUAGCUACUGCAUCCAAAGUCAAAUCUAUGGGCAAACAGUACCGUAAAAAUUUGCACAGAGCAAAGGAGGUCUUCAAAUUGCCAUUUGUUUUUCAACACAAGGCAUCAAAAAGAUCGGGACAAGAGAGACAAAAUAUGAAAAGUGCGAUAUCUUCUCUGAAAGAAACAGAUAUGACAACAAAUGGAGAAGGUAGAGUUGUUCAGCAAUUGAGAUACCUUUCAGACGUCAAUCAUACCCAUCUUCUUGAUGUCAAAACCAAUAAGGAACGUUGGCUUGAUGAGAAAGACACAAAGUCCCAAACAGAUCCUGGGACAAUAGUGCAAAUGACUGGGAAUCCAGUGAGUGGAAAUUGUGACAGUCUUCUUCAGGGAAACAUACAGAUUAAAGAGGAGGAAGAUGAUUCAAAUUAUGGCACUAUGAAACCAGUCACCGAGGAAAUAGUUAAACCUGGACGAUCCCUUGGAUAUACUUUGUUAACCAUAUGUCCAAAAUCUGAAAGUCGUAUAAAAACUGAAUCAGAAACAGAGGAUGCCCAGUAUUACAACCUGGUUGAACCACAAAUAUCUGAAGGAUAUGCUAUGCUAGCUGUAGGUAAGGAUACUGAGAGCACUGUUAAAACUGAACCAGACACUGAGGAAAUAGGUAAACCUGUAGGAUCCAUUGGAUAUACUUCACUAACCAUAUGUCCAAAAUCUGAAAGCCACAUAAAAACAGAAUCAGAAACAGAGGAUGCCCACCAUUACAACCUGGCUGAACCACAAGUAUCUGAAGGAUAUGCUAUGCUAGCUGUAUGUACAAAGAGUGUGAAAACAGAAUCAGACACUGAGGAUGUCAAGUAUGAAGUACCAGUUGCAGUAGCAGAAUCCGGGGCAUACCCCAUGAUAACCACAUGUCAGGACACUGAGAGUAUAUCAAUUAAAGAGGAGCAAGAAAAUGUGCCAGUGGAGUCAUACCAUUAUGGAGUUGUUCAAGUUCAAGUUCAAACACAAAGUGAAGUCAACAUCAAACAGGAAUGGGAUCAUUCGUGAUCUAAAUGAUGGUUCACACAAAAGACAGGUGUUUUACAUUAAACAUAUUAAUGGUGUUGCCUGUAUUUGCUAGUAAAACUGUAUUCUGUCAGAGAAUGCAUUUGAUAACUUAAUUCAAGGCUGCAAAAAUGUAUACUUGUAAAUUUUGUUUGCUUUUGAAUCAGACUCAAAAAUGGAGGUGUGUGUUCAAAGCCUCGAAAGGUGUAUGCUUUUUUAUUUUUACAGAGACAGUGUACUUUAAGGAACAUUUUUUGUAAAUGCAACAGUUAUCCAAAGGCUAAUUUUCAUUAGUAGUUCCUUGCCAGGUGUUACAUGGCCUCCCUUAAAAUUAAAUGUUUCAAAGCAACCCAUAAAUGUUUAUUUGCUACAACUGAUGUCAAUUUAAACUCCUUAUUCUUCUUUUUUCAUUCUGUGUUCCGAUAUAGCUACAAUAAUAUGUAAGAAGUUCAUACAAAUUUGUAUCAGCAAAUCAGCAUCCUUUAAGUGGUCCUUUUUCACCAAAUAGUUUCUUUGUUUUUAUUUUUUAUUUUUUCAUGUUGUUUAUUUGUACCUUUUUUUUUUCUUAUUCAUGGUCAUUUACAUUGUAUGUUUAUAUUUUUCUGAUUGUUGUUUCAAAAAGGAAUUGCUGCAUUCUGUUGAAAACCACAAGAUGUGAAUUACAAAUAAGUGAUCUUUUUUUUUUUUAACCUGUGAUCUAAAUCUCUAAAGAUGAGUAUAUCUAUGCUUCAAAUAAUUUCAAUUUUCACUGCAUAAGACACUAUAAAAAAGAAAGUGACCUGGAUCUUGAUGGACUAUUUUAUUUUUUAUUGCCAUUUUUUACUACAUUUUAUAUAAAGUAUUUGAAAGCA